AUGGCAGAAAAUAACUUGAUUAAUCUAUUAAUAGAUCUAAAUACCUGCAGAAGUAAUCCAUGUAAACAUCAAGGAACUUGCUUUAAUACUGGGCCAGAUCAGUUUUCUUGUAAUUGCUUAACCAAUUACACAGGAUCUACUUGUGAAACAUUUGAUAUCGAUGAUUGCUAUCCGAAUCCAUGCAAGCAUGUUUAUUCAACUUGUGUAGAUGGUAUACAAUCCUAUACUUGCCACUGUCCUUCAGGCUGGACAGGCAAACAAUGCCAAUCAGAUUUAUACUCUUGUAGAAGUUCACCUUGUAAACACGGUAGUUGUAACAAUACUGGUCCAGAUAAAUAUUAUUGUAAUUGCACUUAUCAAUGGACAGGAAUUAACUGUGAUAGUGAUCUAAAUUCCUGUCAAAGUAGCCCAUGCAGAAAUGGUGGAAAGUGUGAUAAUACCGGUCCUGAUAGUUUUAAGUGCCAGUGUCCUAGUAAUCAUACCGGAUCGUAUUGUGAGACAUUCGAUAUUGAUGAUUGUAAGUCAAAUCCUUGCAAGCAUAUCUACGCAAAAUGUAUCGAUAAAAUUAAUAAUUACCAAUGCUUGUGCCCUUCCGAUUGGACAGGAAAGCAUUGCGACCAAGAUCUAAAUAGUUGCCGUAGCUCGCCUUGCAAAAAUGGGGGAUCUUGUACAAAUGUCGGUAUUGAACAGUAUCAAUGUACAUGUUCUGCUAAUUGGACGGGAGAAAACUGCGAAAAAGAUAUGAACUCAUGUCGUUUAAGCCCAUGUUUUAAUGAAGGAAGCUGUCAAAAUGAUGGCCCAGAUCUCUAUAAAUGUCAGUGUCUUCAAGGAUAUGAAGGACAACGUUGCCAGAAUGAUAUUAAUGAAUGUGUAUCCAAUCCUUGUGGGAAUAAUGGCACGUGUAUUGAUAGAAUAAAUGAUUUUCAUUGCAUAUGUCCAGUAUCUUGGACAGGAAAGACUUGUAGCGACGAUAUGAAUCCAUGUCGUAGUUUUCCAUGCGAAAAUAAUGCUAAAUGUACCAAUACUCAAGUGAAUACAUAUAAGUGCCAAUGUCCAAAAGGAUUAACAGGAUCAAGAUGUCGAGGAGAUAUUAAUGAAUGUUUACGACAUCCAUGCAUGCAUAAUGGUACUUGCAUUAAUCGAUUUGGUAGCUACUCUUGCAAUUGUCCCGUAGGAAUUACUGGUAGCCACUGCGAAGAAGACAUUAUCGAUUGUACACCAACUACCUGUCAUCAUCAAGGAAAGUGCCACGAUACUAUGGGGUCUUAUUCUUGCACUUGUAAGAGAGGAUUUACAGGUAUCCAUUGUGAGACUAAUAUCAAUAACUGUCAAUCAUCACCUUGCCAAAAUUCUGCCACCUGUAUUGAUGGAGUCGACAGCUAUCAAUGUUACUGUCCUGCAGGAUUUACUGGUCAUCAUUGUCAAGUUAAUAUUGAUGAAUGUUCUAGCCAACCUUGUAUGAAUAAUGCUACAUGUGUUGAUGGUAAUCAUGGUUAUCAAUGUAGUUGCAUGCCAGGAUUUCAUGACACUUAUUGCCAUAUUAACAUAAACGAAUGUCAAUCAUUUCCUUGCUUAAAUGGUGGAAAUUGUGUUGAUGGCAUUAAUGGUUAUACGUGUAACUGUACGGGAAGUGGGUUUCAAGGUGAUCACUGCCAGAAAAAUAUUAACGAUUGCCUUAAGCAUCGAUGCAAGAAUAAUGCAAAAUGUAUCGAUUUGCUGGAUGAUUAUCGUUGCCAAUGCCUGCAAGGAUUUACUGGAUAUUAUUGUGAAACAAAUAUCGACGAUUGCUCCCCUAAUCCUUGCUAUCAUAAUGGCACUUGUAAGGAUGAAAUUAAUAACUUCACUUGCAAUUGUCCAGAUGGAGUAAAAGGUCGAAGUUGUAAUAUAGAUAUCAACGAAUGUACCAGUAAUCCAUGCCAAAAUAAUGCAAUCUGCAUCAAUCAAUUCAACUUUUAUCAAUGUGCAUGUGCAAAAGGUUAUACAGGUAAAAAAUGUGAGCUGGAUAUUAAUGAGUGCGGCUCUCAGCCUUGUCAACAUGGAGCAACGUGCCAUGAUUUAGCGAAUUCAUAUCGAUGCUCAUGCCAACCAGGUUAUGGCGGAUUCAAUUGCCAAAUCAAUCACGAUGAAUGUUUUUCAGCGCCAUGCAUUCAUGGCAAUUGCAGUGAUUUAGUAAAUGAUUAUCAUUGCUCAUGCCAAUCAGGUUAUACGGGUAAAUCAUGCCAAACUGAAAUUAAUGAAUGUGCAAGUUCACCAUGCUUAAAUAAUGGCACAUGCCAAGAUCAGUUAAAUGGCUAUCAAUGCUAUUGUAGGCCAGGAUUUACAGGUAAUAGUUGCCAAAGUGAUAUCAAUGAAUGCCAAUCAGUACCAUGUUAUCAUGGUGGUCAAUGUCGAGAUUUAGUGAAUCAAUAUCAAUGCCAAUGUCCAGCUGGAUUUAUGGGUCAAAAUUGUCAAAUUAAUAUCGAUGAAUGCGCUAGCUCUCCAUGUCUCCAUAAUAGCCAAUGUAUCGAUCAAAUCAAUCAAUAUCGAUGCUUAUGCAAACCUGGCUAUACAGGUAUCCACUGCCAAAGUGAUAUUGAUGAAUGUCAAUAUCAUACCUGCCAUCAUAAUGGUACUUGCUUAAAUUUAUUGAAUCAAUAUCAAUGCAUAUGCCAAGCAGGUUAUACAGGCAAAAAUUGCCAAAUUAAUAUUGACGAUUGUACACCUAAUCCAUGCCAUUCUAAUGCAAAAUGUAGCGAUUUAGUAGAUGAUUAUCAAUGCGAUUGCCCUAGGGGUAUUAAAGGCAAAUCUUGUAUCGAUAGUUGUGCUGAUGCACCAUGCCAACACAGUGGUAUAUGUAGUGAUCUUGCUCAAGGAUACCAUUGCCAAUGCCAGCCUGGUUAUAAUGGAUCUGACUGCCAAAUCAACAUUAACGAAUGUCAUAGCAAACCAUGUCAAAAUGGAGGUAUUUGCAUUGAUGGCAUUCAUUCCUAUCAGUGCCAUUGCCGACCUGGUUAUACCGGUAGAAAUUGCCAUGUUGAAAUAGAUGAAUGCCAAAGCCGACCUUGCCAAAAUGGUGGCCAUUGCCAAGAUUUAUUAGCUGAUUAUAGCUGCCAGUGUCCAUUAGGUUACGAUGGUAAGCAAUGCCAACAUGAUAUUGAUGAAUGCCAAAGUUCACCAUGUUUACAUCGUGGAUUAUGCUAUCAAGGCAUUAAUCAAUAUCGAUGUGAUUGUAAUGGAACUGGUUAUCAAGGUCAACGCUGUCAAAAUGAAAUUAAUGAAUGCUUAAGUUCACCUUGUGUUCACGGCCAAUGUGAAGAUUUAAUCCGCCAAUAUAUUUGUCGUUGCCAGCGUGGUUUUAUCGAUCGAAACUGUCAAGUUAAUAUUAACGAAUGUGCAUCUUUACCAUGUCAACAUGGUGGCCAAUGCGUCGAUUUAAUUAACGGCUAUCAAUGCCAAUGCCAACCUGGUUAUGUUGGUAAUCAAUGCCAAAAUGAUAUUAAUGAAUGUCUUCAUGAAGAUAAUUAUUGCUUAAAUGGUGGCAAAUGCCACGAUUUGCAAGCAAAUUAUUCUUGCCAAUGUCAAUCUGGCUUUACUGGUCGACACUGCGAAAUUAAUAUCAAUGAAUGUCACAGCCAACCUUGCUUAAAUCAAGGCACAUGUAUGGACAAUGUUGACAGUUACCAUUGCUUAUGCCAUCAAGAUUUUACUGGUCUCCAUUGCGAGACCAACAUUAAUCAAUGCCUUAGUCAACCUUGUCUUCAUAACGGUAAUUGCACUGAUUUAGUUGAUGGCUAUCAAUGCCAUUGCCAAUCUGGCUACCACGGUAUUCGUUGCCAGUUGGAAAUCAACGAAUGUCAAUCCAACCCAUGUCUCAAUUAUGCCACAUGUAAUGAUUCCAUUAAUGGUUAUCAUUGCCAAUGCAGGCCUGGAUUUACUGGAAGCCAUUGUCAAACUGAUAUUGAUGAAUGCCAAGUAGCCAAUCAACCUUGCCAACAUGGUGCAACUUGUCAUAACUUAAUCAACCAAUAUCAGUGUUCAUGUCGAUUGGGUUAUACUGGUGUUCAUUGCCAAAUUAAUAUGAACGAAUGUUCUUCAAUGCCAUGCUUUAAUAAUGCUACAUGCCGUGAUGAAAUUAAUGGUUAUACAUGCCAUUGCCCACCUGGCUGGACAACAAAUGAUUGCAGCCUUGAAGUUGACGAGUGUCUUGCAAAUCAAUGCCAAAAUGGUGCUAGUUGUAUAGAUGAGUUUAACGGUUAUAUCUGCAAAUGUACAGAAGAAUUUACUAGCCGAUUUUGUGAACAAAGAAUUGAUUAUUGUUCUACAUCUAAUGGCACCAUGCUGAUUCCUUCAUUGGCAUGUGGUGAUUAUGGUACUUGCAUUAGCCUUACAGAUGGAUAUAAAUGUAACUGCGAUCCCGGUUAUACGGGGCUGUUAUGUCAAAGAGCAAUAAAAAGAUGUGAUCCAAAUCCGUGUAGCAACGGUGGAACUUGCUUAGAGGGUAAAAGUAACUAUACUUGCCAAUGUCGCGAUGGAUACAUUGGAGAAUUAUGCCAGCAAGGUUUAUUUUCCACUUCUGCAUCUAAGUCAUUGAGCCUAUCAUCUAUUGGUACGCUAAAACACACUGGCCAAGAAUCCCAUUCCAUCAUGCUUUUCAUUAUCUUUGGACUGGGUGGGAGUAUACUCAUUGCGUUACUAGCAACCUAUUAUACUUGUGUCCACAGAAGACGAAAAAUGACGUUUAAAAGCUUACUCUUUCGUAAACGUAGAGUUAAUCAUGAUCGGGAAAAGAUUCAACCUUAUCGUAAUCCAAUUUUUUCACUUCAUGGUGAAUAUCAACACCUUGAAUCCGAUUCAGAUGAAGAUGAUAAUACAGUCUCAAACGCUACUACAAGAUCCAACGAAUUCCGAAUAUCGGUUAGUUCUGAGGAAGGGGAUGUAGAUUCUAUUAUGGAGUUUGAACUAAAGGAAGAUUCUUCAGGUGCUUAUAUUAAUCCGAACUUUGAUCAAACGGAUGAUUCAUCGGUACAUGUUUAUGAUUCCCUGUAUUACCGACCAUCUAAUAGCCGACGCAAUUCUCAAACUCACCAAGCAACAGUUAAUCAACGUAACGAGCAAGAUGACCAUAUAUACGAACGAUUAACAAAUUAUACUUAA